AUGUAUGUGGUAGAGCUGGCUAAUGGCAGGAAAUGGCAGCGCCACGUAGACCAGUUGAGAAGGAGAUGGGCGAAAGACAGCUCUGACUCUCCGACAGCUGAGUUUCCAGAACAUGAGUGUGUGUUCCGACCUCCCGACUUGGAGAUGAUUGCGAUUUUCGCUAUGGCUGCUAUUUUCUUACAUCGCCUUGAAGCAAAUAUUGCCAGUUACGUCUUGGUUUUUUUGGUUCCUGUAUAUCCAGCAUUAAUCUUCAUAUUUAUCUGUAUAUCGUUGCUGUAUGAAGUUGGACCUUCACCGAAGUAUAUAACUAAGCUCUUGGCAUCUUCAUUUGGGCCUUUGUUUCAAAGCAUAGUUUUCAUCUUUUUAUUACGUUACCUGGAGAUGAAAUACGGCAACCAAUUUAUGAGAAGAGAUCCUGUAUUUAGGAUUUCUCCACAGAGAAAGAGCAUCCAUAAGAAUCCUGAAGAACCCAGUGAAGAUGAUGACGGAGAUGUUCGAGAUGAAAGGGCAAGAGUUCAAAAUGCUCUAUCUUCAGCAGAUCAGGAAGAGAAACCAGUUAUCAUUGUCCAUAACCUGCGCAAGGAAUACAGAAUCAGAAAGGCUUGUUCCUGUUGCAAGAAGAACAAUGAGAAAAAGAAAGUAGCCACCAGAAAUGUCUCUUUUUGCGUUAAAAAAGGAGAAGUUUGGGGGCUGUUGGGGCCCAACGGGGCUGGUAAAAGUACAACAAUCAGUAUGAUAACAGGAGACACAGAACCAACUGCUGGACAGGUGCUGAUAAAAAAGGCCAGUGAAGUUAUAGCACAAGCAACACUAGAAAACACUACAGGUUUUCUUGGCUACUGUCCUCAGGAGAAUGCCCUUUGGUCCAACCUGACCAUGAGAGAACAUCUGGAGAUUUAUGCAGCUGUGAAAGGGAUAAGGAAAGAUGCUGCUGCAGUUGCUAUCCAUAGAAUUGUGCAAGCUCUUGGACUCCAAGAGCAUUUGAAAAAGGCAAGCAAGACACUAGAUGCUGGAUUAAGUAGGAAAUUAUGCUUUGCUCUGAGUGUGCUGGGUAAUCCAACUGUGAUGCUAUUAGAUGAACCGACAACAGGAAUGGAUCCUGAAGGAAAACGUCAGGUGUGGAAAGUAAUUAAUGCUUUACUAAAGGGGAAACACCAAGGAGCCCUUUUGACAACUCACAAUAUGGAAGAAGCUGAGGCAAUGUGUGACCGAGUAGCUAUCACGGUGUCUGGACUACUCAGGUGCCUUGGUUCUAUUCAGUAUCUGAAAAGCAAAUUUGGCAAAAAUUAUUUGCUGCAAAUAAAAGUAAAGGGAGUAGAGGAAGGUGAGCUUGUGAAUGCUGAAAUUCUGAAGAUCUUCCCACAUGCAGCUCGCCAGGAAAGGAUAUCCACUUUGUUAGUCUACAAAAUACCAAUGGAGGAUGCACUGCCCCUUUCAAAAGCCUUCUCCAUGCUAGAGAAAGCUAAAAGAACUUUCAAUCUGGAGGAGUACAGCUUUUCCCUGAACACCUUGGAACAGGUUUUCCUAGAACUUUGCAAAGAACAAGAGCGAGAUCGUUUUGAUGCGGCUCUGGAUUCAACGUUUGAAUGGAAACAACUGCAGCAGGAUGAUUUCUAAACUGCUGUUGGCUUAAUCCAAAAAUUUACUCUACUGAUCCCUUGAGGAUGCGAGGCAGAAGCAACAGCAUAUAGUGUCUCUGUCUCAUUUGUUAUGUACAACUAUUUGAAACAAAGUAGCAUGCACCAGCAGUUAGAACCUGUUUAUAUAUAGUUUAUAUAAAUAUUUCGAAGGCUCGCCACUGGAUUAUUUCCAUGUACUUUUGUAUUUACUCAGAUGGUAGAGUUGCAUGCCUGUAGAAUGGAGUCCUCAUAAGACAAGAACCUGAAGUUUAUACAUCUCUCUGUAUGCCCAUGUGACUAAUACCCAUCGUUUCAGGUAGGGUAGCUGUGUUGGUCUGAAGCAGCAGAACACUGUUUGAGUCCAGUGGCAUCUUUAAGACCGACAAAGGUUUAUUCACGGUGUAAGCUUUUGUGUGCAAGUGUGACAAAGUGUGCUUUGUUCUAACGCCCAUAGUAGAAACUCUGUUCUAAUACCCAUAGUAGUCAUAUACAUUAAAGCGAGGGACAAAGAAAAAAUAUACUAUUUGAAUAAAGAUUUUGUGACCUGUAUAAAAAAAUGAGGAAUAAAUACUAGAGGGGUCUAGUUUUUAAGAUCUUUGCAUAUUUGUCUGAAAAUUCUAUAUUUGCAUAUUUCUGUAUAACUGCCAUAGUGACUCAGGCUUUUGCUUUGCAUUUACUUUGAAAAGCAUUCCAUCAAGG